UGUUGUACUUUUUUGGUUUAAAUUUCACAUUAUAAUUAGAAUUCCGGUAAAAAAUAUCCUAGUUGCUAUGGUAACAUUUUGAUUCUCAGUGGCAAACAAUAGUUUUGUGUUUUUUAUUUGUCGUUUAAAUGAAUAUUUUAACGCAGAGAAAAUAUUCUGCGAUAUUAUUUUUUCAAUAUACUUUAUUAAUUUUUGAUAUUUCUAUUAAUUCUUUUGCCAGUUUUGCGAGACCUAGACCAGUUGAUUUACUUGUUCUUUAUGUAAUUCAGGAUUUUUGUUUAAUAGUUGCUUUAACUAUUAUGCUCGCUAGUUUUUUCUCCACAUAUAUUUUUCAGGUUGGAUUAAUACAAUUGCUCUAUACGAAAUUUCGCAUGACACUUGUAUUGUGUGUUAUUUAUGUAAUUUUAAGUAUAGGAUUACAUUCAUGGCAUAUGACAAUACAUUGGCCAAAUCCAUUUAAUCACUAUUGGACAAAUGGUUUUCAUUGUUUAUAUUUUAUUCAACGAGCCGUUGCUGUUUUUUAUUACUAUUUUUACAAAAGAUCUUCAUUAAAAAUUGGAGAUCCAAAAUUUUACGAAAGAUCAACUUGGAUGCAAAAACAAGGUCUUCCUUAGAAGAAAUUUAAAAUUUUCAUACUUCCGUUAUUUUUUUUUCUAUUUUUAAUAUAAAUUUUGUAGAUUUAUAAAAAAUGAAAAUA